AUGGGUCUGGACCUGGAAGAGAAAAAAGGAAGAUCGAAUGGUGGCAAAAAGGCUUCAGUCAGUCUAACUGUAUGCAGUGAAAUUGGACUUUCUCAGAAGAAACCUGAGAAGAAAUCCAUCCCCAUAGUGGUGGCUUUCUCCUGUUUUGGUGGACUAAAUGCUUCUGCUAUAGCUGCCUCCAGGUCACUGACAGUUGAUGACUCUUUUCUGUGGAACUUGGAUAUUCCAGGCUCCUUGAUUUCAGAGCUUUGCCAUUUGGAAGGCCGCUGCAGUGGCCUGCAGUGUUGUCCAGCCAUAACGUUUGCUGACCAAGUGUUUGGUAUCUUCAGCUGGACAAUUCCCGUUGCUGUAGCCUUUUCUUGUUUUGGUGGACUUAAUGCUUCAAUUCUAGCAUCAUCAAGGCUGUUUUUUGUGGGAUCUCGAGAAGGUCACCUUCCUGAUCUGUUGUCUAUGAUCCACAUAAAGAGGUUCACACCUGUGCCUGCACUGCUCUUCAAUUGUGUUAUGACCCUCAUCUACCUGGCUGUAGAAGAUGUUUUUAAGCUUAUUAAUUACUUUAGUUUCAGUUACUGGUUUUUUGUUGGUUUGUCAAUUGCUGGACAAUUGUAUCUACGUUGGAAGGAACCAGAUCGACCUAGGCCUCUAAAGCUGAGUGUGGCUUUCCCAAUAAUAUUCUGUAUAUGCUCAGUAUUUCUGGUGGUAGUACCACUCUAUAGCGACACCAUAAAUUCGUUGAUUGGAAUUGGCAUUGCUUUGUCCGGAAUUCCAGUCUAUUUCUUGGGAGUCUAUUUACCUCCAUCUAGGAGACCUGCUUUUAUCAACAAACUUUUAGGUGCAAUCACACGAAACAUGCAGCUGCUCUGUUACUGUGUAUUAACAGAGAUGGACACAAACAAAGAAAAGAAGUCAGAAAUCAAGUCCAACUAAAACUGCCAAGUCA